GUUUAUUCUCUUUUCGUUCAGUUUGACUAAACGUUUUGCAACUAAGACGUUUUGUUAGGGUAGAAUGAAUACACCCCACAUUCUUGGCCACGCACUCUGGUACGGUAGAUGUCGCCGGUGUAACCAACUUUCAGUUGGUUGCGAUCCGCCAACGCCAAUACAAUUAGAAGAAGAAUAUGUACUAGCUGUACCACAUGACCUGCCCCACUUCAAAACAAACAUAAAAAGCAUUAGUCGGGGGGAAAUUGAGGACUUUUCUGAAAAUCUGACACAGGAAGGAGCAGGACCAGACUGAUCCAGCUAAGGAGCCAUACUGAGCAGAGACAUGGAUUGUCAGAUAAAACAGCGUGUCUUCACUGGGGUCGUGACCCAGCUCCAAGAGCAUUAUGGAAUUGUGGACCAGGAAGUUCGUUUUCAGAAAAGUGUGGUGAAGGGGAGAGUUCCAGCGGUGGGGGAGAGAGUACUAGUGAAGGCUGUCUUGGAUCUGUCUCAUUCCCACAGCUGGAAUGCCCAGAGAGUACAAAGCCUAACAGAACACACACCGACAUCCAAGUGCCCGCCCCCACUCCUGCCCUCCAUGAUGCCUGCACAUGGACCUAAACCAGGCAUUAUGGGGAACAAGCCACAGCCUCUCCUCAAAUCUCCCAAGAUCCCUCCUCUCAUCCCCAGCAUCCUUCACACUGUGGCCAAGCCGGGUCUGCUGCAGACCCCAUCGUGGGGGUGUCAGUUUGAGGGCUGGGGAAGAGGCACCAGGAAGAGACCCGCUGACGCCGGGAGACGGGGAGACCGCCGGGAGGACAGUGGAGUCCGGGGUUGUGACUUGAAGCGUAGGAGGUGGGAGGAGGAGAAGGAAGCGCAACCCAAAAAGAUCUCUACUCCACCUCAGAGUCCCGUCCUCUUCUCCUGCUUCUCCAGAGAUUGCAUGUCAUGUGACAGUCUGGAGCUGCAGCGUCGCUACCCCCACCUGUCUCUCCCCCCCUCCGUCUGUCACCUGUCAGUCAGCUGGACUGACAGCUUCCCUCCGUCCCAGCCCCUGUCCUUUCCACUGCCAGAGCCCUGCCUCUACCACAUAGGCCCCGCCCAGCCUGAGGCCGACCAACACACACACACAGAGAGAGAGGGAGCGGAGUACACUGUGAAGGUGCUGCUGUUGUCCAUGACGAGCUCAGAGGAGCUGUACAGACAGUGCUGUGGGCUGCAGGAUCAGACCGAACCACAAGAGGGCACUGUGCACCCAGCCUCUCUCAUCAAGUUCCUGUUGGGGCAGGUGGGAGGGGAGUUUCGGGUCCUGGGGGGUCCAUGGUCCCCUGAGAAGGAUGGAGGUGGUCCAGGUCCACUAAAGGAACCUCAGGCGCUAAUGAGAACUGCCCUGCGGUGUGUGAAGGAACAGACUGGACUGGACCUCAGUUCCUGCUCCCAUUGGUAUAAGAUGGCAGAGCUGAGCUAUGUGUGUGAGGGGAAGGUAGAGACCGUGGUGUUUCUGCUACCUGAUGUCUGGCGAAUCGUACCUACAGAAGAGGACUGGAACACACUCAGGACACAGGAGGAAGGGGCCACUCUCCCUGCAUCUCCAUGCCUGGUUGUGAAGCCUCCCCCUGGGCUAACCCUCUGCCCCGUUGCCCUCUCCUCACUGCUGGAGCAGCCCACUUCCGCAACUAGGGAGGCCUUUGAGGUGGGCUUGCUGGCCGAGUUGUUUUGUGAGAUGCUUCAGAGGGACUUUGGUCUGGUUCUCUACCAGUGUCUCUGCUCCCUACCACCUACACACAAACCCUUGGAAGAUGACAAGACAAAGAAUGUCAAUAGGCCCAGAGUGAGGGAUGACAGGAGGAGUAAAAGAUUUCAGGAAAGAGGAGAGACCAGAGGGAGAUCCACAGAGGAUAGGGAGGAUGAGACGGAUGAUGAUGGUGAAGAAAUGGAUGAUAAACAAAUCAAGGAUGAGAGAGAGCCAGAAAGAGAAAAUAUGGAAAAGCAAGGGCCACCGUGUGAGGGUUUGGACUGCCUCCUAAAGCACAAUGUGCUUUCUCGUAGGGUGUUGUUGGCCUGUGUGUUCUUUGACAGACAGCUGACGGGAACCCUCCGACAAGCAGACCUCCACAACAUCUUCCUGUCACUUGGGUUGUGGCUAACACCCGCCCAGGUCCAGGUGUUGCUGAAUAAGGUGUGUGUGGAGGGGCUGUGUCCAUACAGGAAGCUAGCCUUUCGCUGGGAGGAGACAGAACACGCAGAACCUGACAACAGCAUGGAAGGUAACCGCAGGUUGUUCCCUGGAGCUCCAGUGAAAGAGAAGACGUGCGGCCGGAGGUCUGGGAGUUCCAGGGGGACCGCAGCAGGCGUAGGGGCUGAGGUGGUCACCUACAGAGGCAGUGUGGUCAACAUCCCCAGCCUGCUUAAGGCCCUGGAGGCUGCCGACAGGACAAGGCUGGCCCUGGAGCAGCGUGUCGCUGCCCUACAGAACACACUGGUGGAUGCUGCAGCUGUCACUCAGGGCCAAGAGGAGGGUCUUAGUAGCAGGCUGGAGCAGGUGGAGCUUCGUAGCUCGUCCUAUGAGAAGAAGCUGAAGGAGGAUGCCGGUCACAUGAUCGCUCUCAUCCACAAGAUGCAAGAAAUGGUGGACAAGACAACAAGCCUGACCCAAUCAAAAACAGGGGCAGAGGAUGAAGAACACUGACUCCCAGAAUGAAGAAGAUGAACUUGAUGAUUACAAAACUAAACACACACACACACACUGUCUCUUUCUACCAGACUGUCACCACCCAAGUUGCCUGGUCUCCAGGUUACAGCUCACAGCCGAUAUUCAUGGAUUGCACCUUCGUCACUUGGUUGUGUCGUUGCGAUGGUAACUUGCUAACAAUCUAUAGACACUGCAGCCAUAUUGAUGACCAGAAGUUAAACGGGCUGAUUACUCCUUUGUCAAAAUUAAACUGUACAGGCUUUGAAAUACGACAACUAAAUCCUAAAGUAGGAUAAUAUUUAGUAGAAAACAACAUUGUCAUCAUUAUAAUAUGAAAUGUACUUUUACAGAUAGCAAUGUGGUCAUUAACGAGCAUAGUCAGUCUAGAAUAGACUGCAAUGCUAGAGUAGCUAUCCAGGCUAAGGUUUGUUCUAGUUUGGUGGACUCCCCUCAUCGUGAUCUAGUUAAUUAACUUUAUACUGCAUCUAAAAUCUAUUUAGUGACAUAAUGGUUUAGCCAUUAAUUCUUUGUUUUCUUUAGACAUGCUAUCGUGUUUUCGUGCCUUAGUUACUGCACUUUAGACUCCGUCUAGAUAAGUUCCCAUUGAGGAUGCAUUAAGUGGAACACUCAUUUGGACAUCAGUCCCAAAACCGGUGUUCGGAUCAGUAUUGUGACGCAACGUCCAAUCCAUGAAUAAGCAUUGGAUAUCAUUGGUUUAAUGAAAUUUAGUGGAAGUGACCAUAAAAUUCUAUGGAGGUGACCUUCUACUUAGGUAUUUGGCAUAAGGUGCUGACAUGAUUGGUUGUUAUAUUAAACUGAUUAAGCCAAUGCCUAUGAACCGGUAAUUUCUUCUGGUCUCUAUUUGUUAACAAAGGUCAAGUUUGACUGGGUGGUCAACAAGGGAAAUGCAUGACGCCAGUUCAACUCUAGUGCAAAAUUAUAAUAUUAACUUUUAUUUAUUUCUCAACUGACUCCCCAAUUCUGAACACAUCAGGAGGUAUUUAUUUUUUUAUGUCAUGAUGAUGUCAAUGUUUCCGCAAGCAUUCUUCCUUCAACAUAUCUACUUCCAUCCAUUGCUCUGAUGUCAAUAGGAAUAAAGGUGUUUGAGUUUGAAAACA